GCGCCUGGAGCACCCGGGAGUCCAGGUGCGCUUCCUUGCUGGCUGCUCGCCGCACGGGUCUCACUGUCCCCUCCGCCAGCCGCCGCCAGUUCCUCACCCGCCUCAGUCCCAGAGCAGUGCCACCCCUAGGCGUCUCCCCCUCUCCUUUUUCCUCUCCCUCCUCCCAGGCCGUCGCUGUCGCCUCCCCCGCGGCAUUGGUCCGCUGGCCGCAGGUGAGUUGCAGCGCAGCGCCCCAGUCUGACCAGCUCACCUUGCCUGAGCAGCGGCAGCCCCCCAAGACUCUCGUUUCCCUGCAGGAUGAAGAACCCAAUGCUCGAGGCGGCGUCCCUGCUGCUGGAGAAAUUGCUCCUCAUCUCCAACUUCAAGCUCUUCAGUUCGGGCGCCCCGGGCGAAAACAAGGCAAGGAGCAGUUUCCAUGAUAUCAAUUCCUUCCGCCGGGGCGACGUCCUGGAGGUGCCCCGGACCCACCUGACCCAUUAUGGCAUCUACCUGGGCGACGACCGUGUCGCCCACAUGAUGCCCGACAUCCUCUUGGCUCUGACCAAGGACAGGAGGCUCACGCAGAAGGUGGUCUCCAACCAGCGCCUCAUCCUGGGCGUUAUUGGCAGGGUGGCCAGCAUCCGCGUGGACACUGUGGAUGACUUCGCCUACGGAGCCGAAAUCCUGGUCAAUCGCCUGGAUAAGUCCCUCCAGAAGAAGGCCCUGCUCAACGAAGAGGUGGCUCAGAGAGCGGAGAAGAUGCUGGGCACCACCCCCUACAGCCUGCUGUGGAACAACUGCGAGCACUUUGUGACUUACUGCAGAUUCGGCACCGCGGUCAGCCCCCAGGCGGACAAGUUUUGCGAGAAUUUGAAGAUAAUUAUUCGUGAUCAGAGAAGUGUUCUUGCUUCGGCACUCUUGGGAUUGGCGGCUAUAAUCUGCCUGGGCAUGGCAUCAUAUACUACUCUUCCUGCUGUUUUUAUUCCAUUCUGCUUAUGGAUGGCUGGCUGACUUCACAUCCUCAUGUCAGUGUGUGUAUUUUGUGUGUACAUAUGUUUAUAUUUAUGGAGCACAAAUCAGUAUAAGCAUCGUUGAGAAAAAUGUGACCUGAAACAUUGUGUUCUGGAUAAAAAUGUGAUUAAGAAUCACACAAAGUGCUUACUGUGUAAGCCCAAGAACAAGGCCUUCUGAAUCUUCCUCAGGCAGUUGCAUUUUAAAGCUCUGUGCAAAUCUGGGAAACCUGACAACUGUGAUAGACUUCAUCAUUACAAGAAAACCAGCCUCUAAGAUGAUGGCCACAGGAGAUAUUUUUUCUCUCUCCCCUGUAAUCACUGCUCUUCUCCAUUAGGCCAGAAUCUGAAGAUCAGAAGACUUAUUGUAAACUUUAUUGUAAAUUUAAUUCAUUGAAAAACUUAUAUUAAACUGAAAGAAUUUCCCUUGUUCAGAUGAAAACCUAUUUGAUGAUUGGCCUAGAAAGAAAUUCUCAAUCUUUUUUUUUAUGUAUUAUAAUUCCUGAUGAGUCAAGAAGAUUUCAUUACUUGAAACCAUAUUAGCAAAAUUAAGGUUUACUGAUAAAUAACUGACCAGAACUAUAGAAUCUGUGUUUUCCUGCAGAAAUUGCUACUAUAGCAUCAGUUGAACAAUUUGAUGUAGCUUUACUUAAUAGGAAGCCUAGCAUUCCGCCUUCCCCCCUUUUAUGUGUCACUGUGAUUACUUUAAAGGACUCUAAGAGGUAAAUGGAUAUAGGAUUGCAAUAAUUUGGAUACUUGUAAUGUAUAUGUACCAAUUAAAUAUGCGGAUAUCCACAUACACUCAAACUGAUGAGAAAUUAGGUUUGUUCUUGACUGCUUUAUUAUCAUACCAGUGUGGUUACUAUAGAGCAUUUGUAGAGAUGAAUGUUACAACAGAUUUAGUCCAUUUUCUUAUGCCUUUGCCUGUGGUGUAACUUGCAUAUAUGACUUUGGAUGGUUUAGCUUUUAGAGCACUUACUAAUGUACUGUAUAAUUUUUAAAAGCCCUCAGAUUUGUUUUCUAGUCCAUUUUUUCCAAUUUCAUUGGCAAGUAUAGCUCGCAUCCUUAAAAGAAGAAUGCCAUAGCAGCAUAUAAGCCCCAAACAAGUAGGACUCAAGGAAAUAACUGUUAGGGAUAAUUUGUGUCUUAGUACUUCCAGGCAUGUAAAUUGAUUAUACCAAGGCUGUUUUAAUAUUUGAGUUGCGAUAUAGUGGUGUUAAAGGAAGCAUUCAAGUACUUUAACCAAAAUUAACAAAUUCUACAAUUAAGCCAAAAGCUAGACUUGUAUUUCAAGUAUUAAAGUUACUUUACAAACUACCAAGUAUCACAAAAUAAGUCACAUAAUGAGUGGUAUGAGGAGGUGGGAUCAGUCACUCAAUAAUCCAACCAGAACAAAUUUCAGAGCAGAUUUUAGCAACUGAUAUUUUAUCACCACUAAAUUUACCCACAAUAAAUUCAGUUGGAGUUUAAUUUUGUGUUUAAUCAUUUAAAUAUUUUAAAUAAUUAAAACAUGAAAUGGCAAUAUCACAUAAUAAAGUUGUUCCAUGGGCCUGUUCUGACUACUUAAAAAGUUACUGUAAGUAUGUAUGCAUGAGAGCAACCACCAGCCCUGGCUGGUGUGGCACAAGUUGGUUGGGAGUCGUCCCAUGCUGGUUGCCCUGGUUGUGGUCUCGAUCCUCAGUACAGGCAUGCAAGAGGCAGCUGACUUACGUUGAUUGAUGUUACGCUCUAACAUCAGUGUUUCUCUCCCUUCCUCUCUCUAAAAAUCAACAAACUAUUCUUAAAAAAAAAAAAAAAGCAACUACGAUGAGAAAUCCAUUGUAUUAGUGUUUUUUCACUUACUGUAUAUUACCCCUGUAGCAAUUGUUUAAAGUCAUUUUUUUAAAAUAUGGUGUCCUCAUAAGUAAUUAACACCUUUUUGCAGACUUUAGUAUUAUAAGUCACAAAAGCCACUGUCUGAUGUUAAAUCUGUAUUCAAAGAUAACAAUCCCUGAUUAAAUGCCAAGGGAAGUACUUAAGAUUGGGAUUAACAUAAUCAGUCUUGACUCACUUCAUAUCCUUAAAGCAAGAUUCAAUUCAUCAUUCACUUAAGUGCUCACUAUAUGCCAGGGAUUGACCUGUUUCAAUUUCAUGGUCUAGAUUUAAUCAUUCUAACUAACCAUAUUGAAGUGUAUACAGUGCUAUGGGAACACAGGGGAAGACAUUAAAUUGUCAGAUAAAUCUCUCUGAAGGAGGCAGUGCUAACAUUAAGGUGAGAAAUAGUAAGAGGUGAUCUUAUCACACUGAUGUGUUGUUUCACUAAGGGGAAGAGGGAUCUGGAAGGAGGUUUUAUUUACUUUGUUGAACUUAGGAGAAAAGGAGAGUUUUUAUUUAGUUGGCUCAGCUUGAUUAGUUGCUUAACUAGGUAGAAAAAGAUGCAAAUAUCCCUGAUUGUGGUUAUGGAAAAAAUCCUGCACUAUUAAUGUGUCUUGUAAUGAAUUUCAUGAUGGCAUCAUCAGUUAAGAUUGAUCCUUGUGAUCCUGCCAUAUAUGAGCCCAUAUAUUUCUAAACUUCUCACUUGUGAAAUGGUAAUCAAGUAGUAUCUAAUGCAGCUUCUUAUUGCUCAUUUUGUUCUUUGCCAUAUCCAGAUGAAGGCCAAAUAGGACUACUGGGACUAAGAUGAAAUAAUGCAUGAGUUGAUACUGUGCAGGUAUUAGGGAUAAAAAGGUCAAUGAGACAUGGAAAUUUGCCUUGAAGUUUAUGGCCAAAUGGGUAUAAAUGGCACAAUAAAGCUGAUUGAAGGCAUAGAAAAAGAAGUGGUUAUAGUUUUAACUAUAAGGCCAAAAUUAUAGGGACUGUGUUUUGAGAUGAAAAACCGGUGUUUUUCAAGAGAUAGAUUUGGGCAGAACAUUUUACACAAGAGCAAAUGCAUGAAAACUGUCCACAACAUGCCUGGCACAUAAGUGUGAGGUACUCUACUCUUAUCUUAAGUAUGUAUGCAUAAAAGUUCUGAAAGCAUGAAACUGCAUGGCGCAUUUGGGCAAACGCAAGUGGUUCAGAGGCUAGAGCAGAGCAGGCUGAUGCGAGAUGUGGG